AAUAAAAAGGUGAGCGACAUCGUUUUUUCGGAGCACUUAAUUUCCUUGUAUCUGCAACCUCGACUCGGUCGUGUCUACUGUGCCUGUGUGAGUGCUUGUGCGCUGUGUGUGACUCUCGGAGGAGAACAGCAUUACAACCAAAAGCAUUUUUAAGUGGCGUUAAGCUGAGAACGUUCGCUCUUAUACCGACAGCGAUUGUUAUUUCAGCCUCAUAAUAUCCAAUAAACAUGUCGCUAUCAGAGUUCCGUAAAAAGAAGCUCCUAUUCGUUUUCAACACGUUUUUCGAUGUCAAUCAUAGCGGAUCCAUUGAUAUCAAAGACUUUGAUUUGGCCGUUCAGAAAAUAUGCGAGGCGAGAGGCUGGGGUGCUGGACAUCCUAGAUUUCAGCAGACAAAAGAUACCUUGAACAAGGUUUGGGAUGGUCUACAGAAACGUGCUGAUGCUGACAAUGACGGUCAGAUCAGCCGGGACGAAUGGUACUCGAUGUGGGAAGAAUACGCCAAAGAUCCGGGACACGCCGUUGAAUGGCAGCAGACUUACAUGAAUCUCGUUUUCGAUCUUGAGGAUACUUCUGGUGACGGCUCAAUCGAUGAAACGGAGUUCAGUCAAGUGUGCAUAAGUUACGGCGUCAACGAGACCGAGUCGCGAGAGGCCUUCAAGAAGCUUCAAGUCGGAAGCGAGGUAACUCGUGAUAAGUUCGAGAAGCUCUGGCAAGAGUUUUUCACGUCGGACGAUCCGAGCACGCCCGGCAACUAUAUAUUCGGUAAAACAUCCUACUAAACGAGCGCAUCUAUGUUAGAGACCAGCGUAUGCACAGGCGAAGUUUAUUCGUUCCGACCGCUCAACAGCGACGCAGGCGACGACGGCUUUGAGAAGCGCCAUAGAGAAGAAAUAAACGAUUGUAUAACCGUAACAUAAACAAAAAAUAAUAAUAAAAUAACAAGCACACACAGGCCAACGAAGAAAGAAAUAGAACAAACAAAUUAAUGGACAUACGGAGAUGGCCGUUUUGCGCCGAAAGCGUGGACGGGCUGCUAUAUCAAUUAAUUGCUAACGAUGCUGCUACUUUUGCUCUGCUUUUUACACGAUUGUUGCGUCUCUUUGUCAUUCGAUCUUUAUUUCAGCUUUAUUAUGCUUUCCUUUUUCUCCAUCUAACCGUUACGUCUUAUUAUUAUGUGAGUGACUUUAUUGUAACCCCGUUACAAUCUCUUUCCUACUCGAUUUGCACUUCUAGUUUGGAUUUGGAACAUUUGCAAAAGCUAAAAAAAGAUCAAUUGACUUUUCAAUAUGACGUCCUUGUCUUUUUAAUGUUUAUGUGAAAAAGCAAUAGCUAUUGUAAUUAUUUAACGUAUUAAUGUUUUUAUUCUAUUGUUGUAAAAUUGAUGAAUCCAUUGUAAAUUAUAAUAUUCCAAUUCGCACACUGGAUAUGACAUUUAAAAUUUAUUUAUUCAGUCAAACAAUUACAAUUCACCGUAUUACAUAUCUUCGCAAUAUGAAGAAACUAUCUCGAAAUAUCUACAAAUUAUGUUUUGAUCUACAAAACGAUAAAAAUAAAGAAACCGUACCAAUACCAAAUUCAAGAAGCUAAUGAAAAAUACAUAUUUUAGUAUUCAUGAAAAAGACAAAGAAAUUUAAGAAACGUAAUUAUAAUCUUGAAAUCACAGAAUAUAUAUACAUAGACAAAAUAUUUUUCGAUUAAAUGACCGAUGUGCAUGGGAAAAAGUAUAAACAAGAGUGUAUAAUGUUACAAAAAGUCGUCUGAAGAGACGCAAUGCGCCAAGGCAUAGUCAAUAAUGCAGAAAAGGAUAGAAUGCAAAAAAAAAAAGAAAAAUCAGUAUUGCGCUACGUGUAAAUGAAUGUUUAAACGAAUAUAGAUAUAUAUUUCUUCGUAGAAAGAAAAACAAGUACAUAUAAUCAUAAUUGUCAUUUAGAAAUUAUCGUAUAAAAUUAUGUCAUUAUAGAGUGUCAAAAAAAUGGAGUUGAUAUGAGUAAAAUAAUAAAAUGCAUAUAUAUGAGGGAUUAGAAUCUCUAACAAGCCUGGUACAAAGUAAAUGUAAGAAAACAUUCCAUGGUAAAAAUUUAUAGGAAAGAACGAAAAGUAAGUUUUGUCAGAUUUUCUCGAUGGUUUUCCGAAACGUCGAUCACUGCCCGGAAUUACGCACGGAUAGACGUUGUUAAGCUGAUCCUCAUCCAUGAAUUCACGUUGACGUAUAAAAAUGGAAGAUGCGAAUCGAAUUGUAAGAACAAUGAUUUCAAAAGGAUUUGGAUCGUUUGGCAUGAGUGAUUCGACGUAUAUGUAAGAGACUUUUUCCUAAACAAAUGUGGUCUUAGUAUUUCAAAAUCCACUUUUCACAAUGUAAAACUUUAUCUCUUACGAUUGUUGGAACUAGCUACAAUUGUUUUGAAUAUUGUUUAAGAUAAAAUACCUCAAGAGAUCGAAAAGUAUUAAAGUUUUCAAAAUAUUUUAUCUCUAAUUUAUUUAAACAAUAGUGUCAUAAAUUAAUUUUCUCAUACAAAACAUAUAUUUCAAUUUAUUUGAAAUUGAACCAACAUUGAUUUCCACUAACACUUCUUUACUAUCUUGUGACUCGAUGGUGAAUGUUUAUGUCAUUGUUGUUCAUAAUAUCUAAUUGUAAAUGUAAACGUACAAUAAUAUAUGAUGAAAGCCUGUUGAAAUCGUCGACUAUGUUACACGUGGUAAUUAUUCUAAGCGGAUAAUAUAUAUAUACAUAUUAUAAUGCAUUGUUUCACCUGUGAGAUAAUUUAUCAAAGAAAAUAAAAUAUUAAUAUUUGUGUUGAAA